UGAGUCAGUAGGUUUGUCAGUCAGGGGUUAGAGUCUAAGUGGUGAGGUUUUGAACCGCUAAUCCGGUUGUGCACUUAUCACCAUGGUUGACACCCGUAGUGGGAAGAGCACUAGCCCCUACACCCAGGAGCAACAAGAGAAGAUGGCCGCCUUAUUGAAAGAGAAUAAGGAGAGAAAAAAGCUCCUGAAGCAGGUGAAACUGAAAGCGAUCGCAGAGGAGCAGGCGACAAAGAUGAAGAAGUUGGAGGAAGAGAUGGAGGAUAAGAAAAAGGCUGCCGAAGAAGAAGCAGCAGCAGAAGCAGAGGAGGAAAGAAAACGCAGGGAAAUAAAAGGGGAAAGUAGUGGCACGGCAAAUGAGGAUGCAGCAAUGGAGAAAAAGAUCAGUGAGUGGAUUGCUAAUUUAUCGUUGGGGGAAGAUGAGGAGGCAGAGUUUUAUGUGCCCCAGGACGAGAGGGAUGCGUUAGCCAGUGAGCUAGGAGCAAUCGAGGACCCCCUGGAAAGGCAAGAAGUAGAGGAGGAGAAGAAGUUGGAGUGGAAACUGAGGAUGAAGAGAGAAAAGAAGAGGAGGAGAGAGGAAGUUAAUAGGUUGACCACAGAGGUGGCAAAAGCCGACAUCACCUAUGAUGUGCUAAGUAGAGAGGUGGUCCUGUUUGAGUCGAAGUCCAUGCCAGUAUCCACUUUCUGGCAUAAGGACCUGGAUAAGGGGAAAAAGUGGCAAGGGCGUACCAUCUCUGGCCAAGUCAGGGCCAAGGAUCACAUGAUCCUCACGUUAGAAGAGGGUGGUACCGAUGAAGUCCCCUACAGUGAGAUUGCGUGGGGGCUAGAGGAAGAGGACAACAGUGUAGGGCAAGGGAGGACCUAUGCGGCUGUCGCGACUGGAGGGAGGCCGCAAGGUAGAGGAGGAGGCCAGGGCCAAAGGGGCCAGGCCACGGGAGGCCGAGGACCGGGCGCACAGGGGGUUGGCAGGCAAGGGAACUGCCAAGUGGGAGGUAGGGAUCAAGGUCCCCCGCCAAAUCGCCAGGGUUCUUGUCGGGCCACCUCAAGGAGGAUGACACCCAGGCUUGCCGCAGGGCAGGCCAUGGGAGGAUUUGGGCUUGGACCAGCGCAUAACACUAUGGCACACUGCUGUCUCAAUGCUCCCGCAUUCGCGCGACUAGUGAAAAAGGAGCACUUAGAGGACCAGGUCUUUGUAGUAUAUGUUAGACCUAUCACUGAGCCUAAGGAAGGAGAUAGUUCCACGGAUCCAACCAUUGCCAAGCUGCUGGAGGAGUUCAAAGAUUUGACUGAGUCGCCGACAGGAGUAGUGCCGCGACCAAUCCAGCGCAGAAUAGAGAUAGAGCCUGGCAGUAGAACUCCUAAGGGAACAAUCUAUAGGAUGUUCCCUAGAGAGUUAAAAGAGCUACGUAAGCAGUUGGACGAGCUCCUGGAGAAAGGUUGGAUCAGACCCAGUUCAUCUCCUUUUGGAGCAGCUGUUCUGUUUGUCCCCAAGAAAGAGGGAGAGUUGCGUAUGUGCAUACACUAUAGGGGUUUGAAUGCCAUCACAGUGAAGAAUGUUGAGUCGCUGCCCAGGAUAGAUGAUCUUUUGGAUCGGGUGCAGGGUUGCAGGUAUUUCUCUAAGAUAGAUUUAAAGUCCGGUUACCAUCAAAUAAAAGUUCACCCUGACGACCAGUACAAGACUGCGUUCCGGACUAGAUAUGGGCAUUAUGAAUUCAUAGUGAUGCCCUUUGGACUAACCAACGCGCCAGCUACAUUUCAGUGUUGUAUGAAGGAUCUGUUUAGACCUUGGUUGGAUAGGUUCGUCGUAGUUUACUUAGACGAUAUCCUAGUUUUCAGUAGGACCCUCCAGGAGCAUCAGGGUCAUUUGCGGCAAGUCUUGGAGAAGCUGAGAGAAACUAACUUCAAGAUUAACGCGAAGAAGUCCGAGUGGGCCAAGACACAAGUCCUGUACUUGGGCCACGUGUUAGACGGAGAUGGCAUUAAGCCAGAGGACAACAAGAUAGCGGCAAUUAGAGACUGGCCGACGCCCCGCACAUUGACAAAGUUGCGGUCGUUCUUAGGCCUAGCUAACUACUAUAGAAAGUUCGUGAGGAACUUCUCUACUAUUGCCGCUCCCUUGCGCAGGUUGCUUAAGAAAGAGGCAUUUUGGCAAUGGGACAAAGACUGUACGUCUGCGCUAAAGGGACUGAAGCGCGCAUUAAUAGAAUACCCUGUCCUCAAGGUCGCAGACCCGUCCUUGCCAUUUGUCGUCACCACGGACGCAAGUCAGUAUGGUAUAGGCGUCGUGUUGCAGCAAGACAACGACAAUGGCUAUAGACACAUAGAGCUCAUGUCAGCGAGGAUGCCCUCAGAAAAGGUAGCCACCUCGACAUACGAGAGAGAACUCUACGCUCUCAGGCAAACCUUAGAGCACUGGACGCAUUACCUGCUUGGGAGGCACUUCAAAGUAUACUCAGACCAUGAAACUCUUAGGUGGUUAAAGACCCAGGCCAAAAUGACACCUAAGUUGACUAGGUGGGCCAUUGAAAUAGACCAAUAUGACUUUGAGCUCAAACCAGUCAAAGCCAAAUACAACGUAGUUGCGGAUGCUCUGAGUAGGAGAUCAGACUACUUUGGAGCUAUAGUACACUAUCUGGAUAUAGGGAAGGACCUGCAAGAGAAAGUCCGACAGGCGUAUGCGCAGGACCCUAUCUAUAGUGACCUCCUCUAGAGAGUCAAGGAGGCCCCAGAGACCGAACCAGACUACCGCACUACUGAAGGACUAUUGUUCGAGAAGACUAAUGUAGUGGACCGCCUGUGCAUCCCCAAUAGUGAGGAGAUUCGUAGCCUAAUCCUAGGGGAAUGCCAUGACACAGAGGGACACUUCGGUUGGCAUAAGACUCUAGCCAAUCUAAUGCGUGCGUAUACCUGGCCCGGAAUGAAAUCUGACUGCAUAG